AUGCCCGGCCAUAGAUUCUCACCUUCAAAUCUUCCUCCUCAUCUCUUGCCGCUUACACCAGAAGACAGUAUCAUGACCAGCCAUACCUCAGCUAUUCGUGUGGCCAUCAUUGGCGGCGGUGUAGCCGGUGCCGUCCUGCUACGCGGACUACUUCGCCAUCCUCAUAUAGCACUCGACAUGUAUGAUUCACAACAAAGCUUCAAAGAGGAAGACCCUGGACUGGAAUUGGGACCAACCACCCUGGCGGCUCUUCGUGCCGUUGAUCCAUUUCUGGAAACGUGCCUUGACGGUGCUGGUGCUGUCUAUACACCAACGGACCUACGACUGGCAACGGGUCCUCAGGCGGGCCACCGUCUCGACAUUGAUGGCUAUUCGAUUCGUGGCAAGUACUCUGUUGACAGGCAAGCCUUUCUGGCUGAGAUGCUGGCUGGCGUCCCACCCCGGAUGGUGCACCCAAAUACGAGGGUCACCUCCAUCGUGGAAGCGUCUCCGGGUAACGGCUUGAUGUUGGCGUUCUCGGAUGGAACUCAGAAGAGAUAUGACGUUGUCAUUGGCGCUGAUGGAGUACACGGAAAGACCAGAGCUCAUGUACUCGGUCCCAGUGACCCCGCGCACAACCCUCGGCCGUCCGGAUAUUGGAGACUUCCCAUCAAUGUCCCUCUGGGGCGCGCGAGACAGCUCAUGGGCCCUGAAGCACUUGAUCCAAGGAACCCAAAACAACUUAUCUGGAUAGGUGACGGUACCAUGAUGCAGCAUAAUUUUCUAAAUGGUGGCAACGAUGUUCAGAUCACGACUGCGGCAACCUUUGACGGUACGGAUGAAGAAUUUACUUGGGCCAAGCUGUUCACGCCGGAGGAGUUUGCGAACAUUUUCUCUCAGAACAGCCCGGAUACUUGCCAAGGCAUGGUCAAGCUUGUCCAGAGCGUCUAUACAGUGCAGAUUGCUGGAAUUUGUCAAAUGCAGCAUGUGCCAUCUCGUACUUAUGCUUCGAAGAACGCCUGCCUUGUUGGCGAUGCUGCUCACGGUGGACUGUCAUUGCAGGGGUCAGCAUGCGAUAUCGCCGUCGAGGAGGCGCUAGUCUUGAGUACUCUACUCGGUCGAGCCCAGUCCAAAUCUGCUGUUCCUACAGCAUUGCGCGCAUUUGAUGAGGUAUGCAGACCUCGCGCUGAGCUUGUGAUACGGGCAAGCUUCGAUAUUAACCUCCUUCUGACGGGCCGUGCGCCUGGGAUUGGAUUGGACCCGGUUCUGCUGGCCAACACCCUUCGGCAGAAAUGGGAUAUGAUUGAGAAUAUUGACAUAAACGCCCAUUGCCUGAAGGCUAUGAAUUCUAUGGACCACCAGAUUGUCAUGGGCAGAGGCUGGUAA